UGAGCUGUAAAUGUAUUAGCGUUUCGGUCUCAUCGCUUUGGAUUCGACACAUGUAAACAAACGCUUUUAUUGUUGUUUUUGUAUUUAUUGUUGCUUUUCCGUGCAUUUGGUUUAAGUCAUUAGCCACGAGCUUGCUCCUAUCUCGAGAGCGUGUCUGUGUAUGUUUAAGGCUCGUGCACAGUAGUAUAGAUAAGGCCAAAUCAAUGAUGGACCAGAAAGGAUCGGGUCCGUGCAUCUCAAACGGUACCCACAAGCCGGUCCGGCGACAGCUGAGCAACGGGAGCUGUGGCCCGUUCAGUCCGACAGAUGAGAAAUACCACCAGCAUCAUCCGUACGAGCCUCAAACCAACGGGUCCCCGGCGAAAAGGUGUCGGUUGCGGAGGCGAUUGGAGUCGGCGAGGAAAAACAGACCGCCCUUUCCAUGGUUUGGGAUGGAUAUUGGUGGUACUUUAGUAAAGCUUGUUUACUUUGAGCCAAAAGACAUCACAGCAGAGGAAGAGCAGGAGGAGGUGGAGAACCUGAAGAGCAUACGCAGGUAUCUCACCUCCAAUACGGCCUACGGCAAAACAGGUGUCCGCGAUGUGUACCUGGAGAUUCACAACCUGACCAUCUGUGGUUGCACUGGAAACCUGCACUUCAUCCGCUUCCCCACCGCUGCCAUGCACAGAUUCAUCCAGAUGGGCAGAGAUAAGCACUUCUCCAGCCUACACACCACGCUCUGUGCCACUGGGGGCGGGGCAUACAAGUUUGAGAAUGACUUCAGAACAAUGGCUGAUUUAGAGUUACUGAAGCUGGAUGAGUUGGACUGUCUGAUCCAGGGGCUGCUGUACAUUGACUCAGUCGGUUUUAAUGGCCAUCCCGAGUGCUAUUUCUUCGAAAACCCCUCCGACACACAGCACUGCAUCAAAAGACCCUGUUGUCUUGACAACCCUUUCCCGAUGUUGCUGGUCAACAUUGGCUCAGGCGUCAGCAUUCUGGCAGUGUACUCCAAGGACAACUACAAACGUGUUACGGGCACAAGUCUGGGCGGAGGGACAUUUUUGGGACUGUGUUGUCUGUUGACGGGUUGCGAGACCUUCGAAGAGGCCCUUGAGAUGGCCAGUAAGGGUGACAGCACCAACGUGGACAAACUGGUGAAGGACAUCUAUGGAGGAGACUACCAGCGCUUCGGCCUGCAGGGGUCAGCAGUGGCUUCAAGUUUUGGUCACAUGAUAAGCAAAGAAAAAAGGGACUGUAUUUCUAAAGAGGACCUGGCCAGAGCAACUCUCGUCACCAUCACCAAUAACAUCGGCUCCAUUGCACGCAUGUGUGCAGUCAAUGAGAAUAUCGAACAGGUUGUUUUUGUGGGGAACUUUCUGCGUAUAAACACAGUGUCAACAAAGCUUCUGGCCUAUGCUAUGGACUUCUGGUCCAAGGGCCAGCUGAGGGCCCUCUUCCUGGAACAUGAGGGAUACUUUGGAGCUGUUGGUGCUUUUCUUGAACUGCUGAAGUCAUCUGAAGAUGCAUAAAGGAAAGACAUCAUCAUCUCUGUUUUAUUAUCCAGAAGCUGCUUUAAGACUUCCACGCAGAAGCUCUAACAGGAAAACUGGGACAUCUGAAAGAAGCCAUUACAGUAAUUAACCUGUAAAUAACCUUUAAAAUAAGAUUCAAAAAUAUAUUUUAUGACUACCUUAGUCUCCUUCAGACUGACGACUCUAAUCUAAAAAUGUUAUGAAUUUGUUUACCUGUUGUUGUUUUCCUUUUGUACUGUUUGUAAAUAUCUAUAUGUUUAGUGAACAGGGAGAGUUUGUUGAUGGCCAAAUCCUGCUGUGUAAACUUCUUUGUUCUUGACUUGCCACCAAGUGAGGGUGGCACUUCUGUAUUUAAUGUUAACUUGUGAAUUUUUACCAUCUAAAGGCCCUUUUAGAUAACAGACCUUCAUAUUUAAACUACUGCUCAGAGCCCAGAGAGCUCAGAGUUUAACACACUUUUCUAGUUUUUAUAUAAGCCUCACGUCCUGUGUUAAGUCUGGAUACCAAUUUCCUUCUUUCACUCUUCGUCUUCACUACAGUUAAGAGUGUCCAUGCAUUUGUGCAUGAUUGUAAUUUUAAAUGGGAAUAGGUUUGUUAUUGUAAUUACAUCAGAAAAGAUUAACAUUUAAAAACUAUAUAUUAACACUGAUUCACAUGAAGCCUUCGAUUUUAAAAAGAUAAAAAGAAAGCUCAGGGUGUCACUUUGACUCUUGUCACUUUAGUUACAAAGUUCCCAUAAUAUCCCACAUGGGAUAUUAUGCACACAGUGCAUACAGAGAUAGAUAAACACUGAUUAUUGUUUUUAAGUAUCCUCUGAAAAAUGCUCUUUUUGUCUCUAGUCCUUUUUUAUGUCAUUUGUGCCACUUUUUUUCCAUCCUGCCUAAUCCUUUGUUGCAUUGUCUUUCCUAUCCUAUCUAAACCAAAGCUAUUUCACUAUCAUAUCUAAUACAGAAUGCAGACUGUUAUAUCUGCACAUACCUCUUCUUUGUUUGCCUUCCUCCUUUAUAUAGUUUAGACCAGUCUCUGUUGAAGUUCGACUGAAUAGAAGUAUUGAUAUUACACCAACUAGCAGAGUGAUGACAAAACAAAGAAAUAUUAAGUCUGUAUGGCUACAGUUAUUCUCAUCUCCCUUUUCUACACCAAUGUAAUAUAAAACAUGUUUAGGCUGUUCAGUGACUCAAUCAAACAAUCCCGUUAUUUUUAGAUGAAAACAUUGUAAUGUCAUUUAAAAAUAAGAUACAAGCCCCUUACUAAAUUGUUUUGUUCAGUUCUCCCUGUUGUUUUUCAUGCCUUCUCUUUCAUACUGCUCUCUUCUUUUAAAUUAUGCAAUGGCUGUUUUUAGGUUGUGUUAUUCUUUCUUUGUGUGAGGGUUUUUUCUUUGUUAGUUUUUUAUCCAGUAUGCUUUUGAUCUUUUUAUUUUUUAACUUUAGCUUUGUAAGGUAACAUUUCUGCAAAAUGAGAUUAUGGGGAUCUUACAUGUCAUCUAACAAUUCUGUUUGCCAGACAAGAAAAAUACCAACAGUACUUUUGUUUUUAUGUUCACCUUUAAUGUGAGAAGAUUUUUAGGUAAAUUGCCUAUGUACAAUGAUGUUGCACUUUCUUUACACUAUGGCUUUGGUUGGCCUUAUAUUCUUGCCAUUAAAUAAGUAAAUGGCAUAGUUUGGAACACAGAAUAGCUGCAAUAAACUUCACAGUCAUUGUUUUGUGAUUUGAUUAUUAUUGUUAAAUGGACAUUUUAAUUACUAUCUUUGAUGUCAUGGUGCUGCUGUUCUGCAAUCAUUUUGAAAAGAAAAUUUAAAUAUAUUUUUAAAUAAUUUUAAAAGUAUAUCAGUAUGACAGAUGUAUGCUGCACAGAUGAUUGAUAUUCACGAAGAUUACUGGUAAUAGUAUUAUUGAUAAUUGUUUAGAAAGAUGCACAAGCUUUAAAGUAUUCAAGACUGUGUAAUUGCAUUUCAUAACUUUCUGUGCAAUACCUAAACAAAAGCUAACCCACUUUUUUUUUUAUUCGCUUUUAGGACAAAAUCUACAGCUUCAUGUUUUACGAAUGAGGGUGAGGCCCUCCUAGAGAUUGUUGUGAAGUAAUACCACACACCUGAAAGUUGAAAAGUUGUUUUUUUGUAUAUUAUUGAAAGUUGUGCUAAAGUAGUAAACCAGCGGUGUGAGAAAAUUAGGGGAUACUUUAGUCAUUUUUGUUUUGCAGUAUUCCUUUCCUCUGAAGGGUGGCCGAACUUUGUAUCUCUUGCUAUGCAGUAAAGUCACAUGCUCAAUUUUGUUUGCAGAAUGCAGUUUGGCUGAGGGAAACUAGCUGCUCAUGUCCCAUCUCUGCCACUUGUGUCAGUUCAUACUGUUACUCUGGGAACUUUUUCUUGUUGCUUUCGCUUUGAGAUAAUUUUUUUGUGUGAUUUAAAAAAAAAAAAAAAAUUCUUUGGUUUCCUAGUUGCAUUUGUAGAAAAAUAACUGUUUGCUUCGCGUGUUUGACACUAAUGGAUAUUUUGUGCUAUUGUAUCAGAUUGUACAAAUUUGUAAAUAUUCCUGUCAUUGUUUGUCACCUCAAGUCAUUGAAGCCACUAUAUAACUUUGUGGAAAAUGAUAGAGGCUUAAUGUCUGUGUGAUUCACUGGGUUUAAUGGAUACAAUUUAUGCAUAGUCUCAAGAAAGGAAAAUUUUUUAA